UUGAGGGUUUUUGUUUAGUCACUUUGGUCAUGUUUGUCUCUGUGACCACAUUUGGGGUUUUCUUGGCAGAGGUAUUAUAGUGGUUUGCCAUUUUCUUUUACUGAUGAGAAAAGUGAGGCAAACAGCAUUAAAUGACUUGCCCAGAGUCAUACAGCAUUACAUAGUAAGUGUGAUUGGAACUCUGGAAUAUGAGUCUUCCUGACUCCAAGUCCACCAUCUAUGUGGCCAAUGACAUUAUUAGAAAAUGUGUUUAAAAAAAAAAAGUUGAGACUUUUGUAUUUGAUUUUCUAACUUAAUAAAUUAUACAAGAUAAUUAUUGCAUUAUGUAGGUAGGCAUUAUGGGGUGUUCUUUGUCAAAAGGAUAAUGACAGAUUUUGAAUGUUACCUUUUAAUUUAAAUUAAGUAAUAAUUUAUUAAAGCAUAUACAAGAUGAAGAGAUUGUGAUGACCUUAGAUUACUGUUUAAUUUGAAGGGUGAAUUAAUUGGAUACUGGAGUGUAUAAAAGGCAAAUAUAAACAGUAUAUCAUAAAGAAAUAUUUUAAAAUGUUAACACCUACCAAUGUAGGCUAUAUUUAAGGCUGAACAAAGACAAAAUAUUUCAAUUCAAACAUCAGAAUAUAGUAAUAUUCACUAAAUGUUAGUAUUUCAUUUGUUAUAUUUUAACUUCAUAGUAGAAUUGCUAGUGCUUACAGAAAUUUUUUUUCCCUAUUAACUUAUUAGUGGAUCUGAGAUAUGGUACUCCUUCCAAUGGUACAGAUUACCAGCCAUCUGUGGCUCUUUAAAUUGUAACAUUUGUUCAUUUCCUCCCAUAAGUUCUCCAUGGAGUCUAUACUACAUGCCAGAAGCAUUCCGUGGGAUUUUAAAAUUCUGAGGAUACCAACAAAAUACUCAUACCAUUUUGUUGUUUUUUUGUUCUUCUUGACUGGUCCAUUCCCUUUUCUAGUCAUGUCUCUCCUAGCACACACUCAAUACAGUUUCUUAUGUGCCAAUUGCCAUUGUCAAUACUCUAUUCCCUCUCUGUACCUACCAUACAUCUCUCCAUUGGCUUUGGGUUAUCUGUAAUUUUUCUUCAUAAUCAUGGUAUUUCAUUAUUCACAGCCAUGGAGCACCAUGAUUUAAUGUAAAUAUAUAUAAAGAGUUUUGUUUCAGGAAGUUUAGAGUUGUUUCCAAAUGUAAUCCAGCCAAUUCUGUCCAUUUUCUUUCUGGACUAAGUUUAGUGUCUUUAUUUUCUGUUCAUGAUAUAUAUGGUCUGUUUCUUUAUUAAUUUUCUCCAAUUGUACAUUCUGGCCUGAACAAUUUUAAUUCAUUUACUUGCUUCCCUUCCCGCCCCUCUUUGUGAAUAGUUGCUCACUUUUGAGUGUUUAUGGAUUUCAUUUAGGAAGCCCUACACUGUAUUGAGGUUUUUUAUACAGUUAGCCUAAUGGUAUCUGCAAAUAAGGACGUUUAGAAAACCUCAGCAUCUAUAGGAAUUCCCUCUUCUAUUUGACCUCUGUUGAAAAUCCUCCAUAACUGUGGUAGAAAUAUUCACCAAGGACACAGCUUUCUAUUUUAUGUCUCACCUAUGAUAUUAAUAGGAUCAUCAAGAAAACUUCUCUGUUAGAGAUCCUAUAGACAUUAAUUUAGAGCUGAAAGGAAUCUUAUAGGUUGUAGUUCAGCCCCCUCAAACUGAGGCCCAGCGAUGUUAAGAGCUUCAUCUAAGGCAAACUUGAUGGUAAAUGCUGAGCAGGAUUCAAAUCCAGGACCUUUAACUUCAGAUGGAUACAUUAUUCUUUCUACUCUGCCACACUGUUGUCAGUCACACAGUGAAAUUGUAAGAUUAGAAUUUAGGGAUUCUAGUUGGGAUUAGGUUUCAACUCCUUCCAAAGUUGUCACAUGCCAAAAAGUCAAGCUAUCCUGUAUGAGAACAAUUAACAGGAUUUCUAGCAUGUUGGUUCUUAAAUGCUUUCUUAAGUUUGAGGAACUGCCCCCCUCUCCUCCAAUGGAUAUUUCACAGAAUCUAGGCUACUAUGAAUUUCAUUGUUACAAAUCUUUGAGUUAUGUAAUGUUUUUAAUUGGAGUAACAAAUUUUCAUCCUCCCAUUUAAUUGUAACAUCCUUGUCUUUUCUGGUUUUAUUUAUAGUGAAAAUGUUCAUAUUGCUAUAAAUUCUUUCUUAUCAAUAGCAUUGGUUUAUUGGUCAUUGUAUAAGGAUCUAGUUUAGUGCAGCAAUUGCUAUUAUUUAUAGACAGCCUAAAAAUUGUGAUUGUUAGCAUCCUUUGACCCCUUUUCUCUACAUCCUGCAAAGGCCACUGCAGAAGUUAAAACAAAAUCAGUGCAGUGACUUUCCAUAGUUCCAAAUGACCACAGAUAAAGCUUGCCAUUUACUUCCUGACAUAAAGGUGGUGGAUUCAGUGAAGAAUGAGAUAUAUAUUUUUUGGAAAUCACUGAGAGAAUUUGUUUUGCUUGACUAAGGGAUGGGGGGCACUUCAUAGGGUUAUAGGUAUUUUUUUUUUGAUGGAAUAUAGUAGGCAAGACCUCGUGGUUUAAUAGCUAGAAUCCUAAAGAUGAUUCAUGUUGAUUCUUAGUAGUUCUGGCUUAAGCUCCCAGAGCUCAGCACUGUGAGGAGGCCCUGAAAUGGGGCUUUGUUAGAGAUCCUAGUUUUUCAUUAAUUAUUCAGUAUGUAGGCAGAUAAUUGAGCAAGAAGUUCACUUAUUUAUCAUUUUAUUAUAAUCUCUCUUCUGGUGACAUUUUUUUUCCUUUGUAUAUUUUUUUAGUAUCCUUUCACACUUUUCACUGUCAUGUAGUUUUUUUUCAGUUCAAUGAAUCAAACUUUACUUUUAAAAAAUAGAAUUAUUUAAUUCACUGUGUCAUUAAAGAGUUUUGACCAUAGGAUCAGAGAUUUUUAAAAUUGAAAGAGCCCAUUAAAGCAGCUGAGUCCAAUUUUCUCAUAAAUAGAUUGAAAUACAAUAUAGGUUAAGUGAUUUACUCAGGGUUAUAAAACUAGUAGAUAACAGGCAGGAUUUGAACCUAGCUCUUCCUGACUUCAAGUCCAUUAAAUGCUACUCUCUAUUCACUAUACUAUGUUGCUUUUUAAAGUUGUACUUGAUAAGACCUUUCUUAAAUGUUAGUUCUGUGUCGUGGAAAGAAUACUGAACUCGAAGUCACGAGAAUAGGAUUAAAAUCUUGACUUUUCAACUUAGAAUCUGAAAAUAAAGAAAUUGGACAGAGGAGCUAAGUGGCACAGUGGAAAGAGCAUGAACCUUGAAUCAGGACCUGGAUCUAUCUGUAUUUAAAUCCAGCCUCAGACUCUGACUGUGUCUCUGUGGCAAAUCCCUUAACUUUUAUCUGCCUUAGUUUUCUCAGAUAUCUGUAAAUGAGGGAUUAUAAUAAGAGCACCUACCUCUCAAGUUUAUUGUGAAGAUAUGAGACAAUAUGUUUAAUACAGUUUGGAAACCUUAAAGUGUUAUAUAAAUGUUAGUUCCCACUUCUUAUGAAGAGGAGAGGUAAUAAGACCCACAUCUGACUGUGCCUUCCAUCUCUCCUUUCCCCUUUACCCACCUGAUCUCCAGCCUUUUAUGAAGGGAGGUAGGGUUAUUAGGUACAACCUUCUAUCUAGCCAUCUAACCUUCCAUCUAAUUGUAAGAUACAGCCUUCUACCUUCUACUGUAUAUGUCCCCUGAGAGAAGGUUGCAUAGGUCUGGGAUUCCCAUGUUUGAAGAAGACUUCUAUUCUUUCCCUUUUCUUAAAGACUUCCACCUCCUGUUGAAUCUAUUGGAUCUUGGAACAACCUUCCAUAUGACCACAGCCUUUCUAAAUCCUGUGCCUAUCCUCUGAGAGAAGAGAAAAGUCUUCUAGGAGUAGGACCUCCAUCUCCUGUUGUACAGGUUCAACUUCCAUCUCCUCCUUUGCAUCUCUUGCCUAAUCUUAUAGCCUUCAAAGAGAAGAGGAUAGGAGAAACAAGGGUCUUUUGACUGUGAUCUUGCAUUUUAUGAUGGACCUAUCUCAUGGCCUUUCCUCUUGGUGAUUAAAAUAAAAAUACACUUGGUUAUAUCCUACAUACCAGUAACUCUGAACCUCUCUAUAUCAUUGGGAUUUUAAAAUUCUGAGGAUACCAACAAAAUACUCAUACCAUUUUGUUGUUCUUUUUUUCUUCUUGACUGGCCCAUCCCCUUUUCUAGUCAUUCCCAUUCCACAACACCCACCUCUCAGUUCCUUAUUUCCAUUCCCCUGAAGCCAGUCACCCCCAAAUUCCAGAUGCUAAACACCCCUUUCAAAGUGUCCUUUCCAUUAGCUACAAACUUGCCUCCUCCCACUCUUCCCAUCUUGUAGCAGUCAUCAGUAUAUAGCUUUGACCUGGUGACAGUUUUCUUUUGCCGCCCCCCCCCCGCCCCCCCCCCCCUACUAGCUGUGCUUUCAUUCUCCUUCAUUUGCUGAUUACACUGGGGGAUUGGAAUGCUCUUUACUUCCAUUGUCUCUUCAGAUUCUCCCUGUACUGCCAUCUCUUAGUAUCCACUCCUUCUCUGAGGGUCCAUACAUUCUACAUCUUCGACCCAGUCAAAAUCCUGGUAGUUAUUGUUUAUAAACUUACAGAAUUUUUGCUGCCUUUUCUCAGUAAGCUUAGAACCUGCCAUGCAACCUUUCUUUCCUCCUCAUCUCCUGCUCUUAUAUUAGAGGACUUCAACAUACACAGCAACACUCCUUGAAGCCCUCUAGGCUUUUAAUUGUCCAGCUUCCCAAGAUCCUACUUCUCCAUCCUACUCCAGCCAUACACAAAGAUACCUAUGCUUUUAAUUUUGCUCUUACCCUCAAAUGCAUUAUCUGUAUAUUUAAGAACUCUAAAAUCCCUUUCUCUUAUCAUAUUCUUCCCGUAGUAAAACCUACUCUUCAUCUAUAUUGUGACAUGCCAUCUCUUAACUCCUCAGCUUUCUCCCACAUCAUCAUCACUGCAUUAGACAUGCUUUCCUCUCUUUCCCAUCUUGAUCCCCUGGGUGAAGGAAAUCUAUACUAUCUAUCUCUCUUGAAUCCCUGGCUUCAUUAUCAUAAUGCUGAUUGUAUUCUGCCAAGCUUUAGCCCUAGAUUAUUCCUAGGGUCUAAUGCCUUUGUUCCCAUAUGCAUCCUGCGAAUGAAGGUAGAGAAAAUCAUUAUGCCUGAGUAUGGUAUGCUCAAUUUGUUAUCCAACAUCUAUUGAGGUCUUACUGCUUGCUGCUUGGUAGUCCUUCUCCACCCUCUUCUUCCCUCUUUAUCAUCUCAUAUGACUUAGAUGACUUCUAUUGCUCCCUCCUUUACUCCCUUCUUAUCAAGGCAAACCAUUCUGCAUGGACAAUUCCAUUCCUUCUCCUCCUUCCUCUCCCCUCAUCUGCGCUUUAAGUUUUUUCUUUUUAAUUUUUCUUUUUAACCCCUUACUUUCCAUCUUAGAUUCAAUACUGUGUAUUGGUUCCAAGGCAGAAUAAGAGUAAGGGUAAGGCAAUGGAGGUUAAGUGAUUUGCCCAGGGUCACAUAGCUAGGAAGUCUCGUAUUUAUUCAAUCUCUUAGUCUGCUGCCUCCUUCCCUCCUGCCAACAAACAUACCCAUAGUCUCACCCUCACUCCCCUACCCCCAAUCCUCAAAAAAUCAUCACUUAAUCCUUCUAUCUCCACUAAUUCUGUGUAGCUAAACUCUUAAGUAAAAGCUGUCUACAAGAGAUGCCUCCACUUCUUUUGUCUCACUUAAUUCAUAAACCUCUACCACAUAAUUUCUGACCUCAUCAUUCUGCUGAAAUUGCUCUCAUACCUAAUAUGAGAUCCAAUGUUGUUUUUUUUUGUUUUUGUUUUUGUUUGUUUUUUUGUCUUCUCAAUCUUCAUAUUUUUGGAACUCUCUAAAGCCUGGGUCACUGUUGACCAGACCACCCUCUUCUUGAUACUCUCAUCAGGCUAGGUUUUUGAAUCAUCACUCUUCUUGGUUCUCCUACCAAUCUGACUAUACUUUUCCAUCUCCUUUGCUACAUCGUCAUCAAAAUCAUCCCACCUUCUAGACUAUUCCUCAUGUCUUGGUCCUAGGCCCUGUUAUCUUAUACUCCUACACAUUUCACUGAUGAGUCUCAUGUGAUCCUGGCCAAGUCACUUAACUAAUUGCCUAGACCUGUAAUAAUUAAAAUUGGUUUGACAGAAAUAAUAAAGAAUUGUGGUUGUCGUUUAUAAAAGUUUAAAGUUAAAUUAUGAGUCAGUAGACUGUUAGUAGCUUAUUUAUAGUAAGGUAGAGAUAUUAAAGUGGGAAAUAUAGGAAGGAGAUAGAAAAUAUCACCUAGCUAAAAAUGCUCUAAAUCCUAAUCCUAGUGUUUCCAGACCAAGAAUGUGAAUCUGAAUUCAAAUAUCACCAGACUCCAAAGUCUGUAUCAGGAAGCCAAAAUCUGAAGAGCCAAAGACAUUGAAAACCCAGCGCGAACCUUCAGCUCACGUGAGGCCAAGACUUCCAAGAAUUCGCCAAGCAAUGAAUGAGCUCUUAUACAUGCACAAAAUUUGAAAAUCUUAAAAAAAAUGAUGAAAACCCCUCCUAUUUUAUGGAUAGGCUUAUUGAACUGGGAGAUAGCUAUAUAGACCUGGAUCUUUCCAGAGAAAGGAAUGUAAAGAACUGUUAUAAGGUGGCCAAAGACUAUUUUAAGACUUAAACUGCCCAAAUUGGGCUACUAUGGAUCUCGAGGAAUUAAGAAAGGUAGCAGUUUAUAUCUUUAAUGGCCAUGAAAAGAAAGAUGAAGAUAACAGUGACUUAGUGGAGACAUUAAGGAAGGAAUUAAGAGUACUAACAGAAAAAAUUGAAAAAGAAAAAGCAAAUCAAGGAGUGGCCAUAGUCCCAGAGGGGUGACCAAAAGAAUCUAGAUAAAUGAUGGUACUCAGGGAGGGAGAAGAAACCUCAAAGAGUUUGGAGGUGAAUUUUAAGCCUUUUCAAACUGUUGCCCUCACAAUAGUAAAAAAGCUUCUGUAAUAAUUGUUUUUUGGUUUUUGUUUUUUAAUUUAUACCCUCCUCUUAUGACUGGACCAAAGAUAAUACUAUUACAAAAGUCCAUAGACAAAUUGGACACUGUUUUGGCUGACAUAGUAAAAAAUAUGGAUUUUUAAUUUUUUAAUUUUUAAUUUUGUUUUUCUUUAUAUUUGAAAUAGAAUAUUUGAUUUUAUUAGCCCCAAUACCUAUGCAUACUCAAAAGCAUUAAACUAUAGAAACCUGCCAUUGAUUGUUAAGUAUUAUGGGGCUUUUAUUAAUAAUUGUGUCUGAUUCCAGAAGAAGGGAUUACAAAAAGAGCCACUGCACUGUGCCAAGAAGCACAAGGUCAAAGAGACCACUAAUCCCUAUGGAAUUGAUGAGAAUUUGCGCCAAGACAGAGGAUUUGUUUGAGGUUCAAGGAAGUGGCUAUUUGACAGUGUCAGAUGUUGGACUCCCCAUGCCACAUUCCAACAAAUAUUUUAGUUUGCCUACCAUUUCAGCUCCCUUAUCCCUGAGAGUAAAGGAAAAAUCAGACCAGAGAAUCACAUAUUUUCCCUUUUACUUCAAAAUCUAGUCCCUUUUCUCUUCUAUUGAAUGGCAAUUUUAUGUAGUCUGGAGGCUGCUGAUGGGUAAGUGCAAUAUUACUGCAGUUGUCCGAUAGACUUGUAGGACAUAAAUCACUUUAAUUGGGCCCUGAUUCAAGGACCAGUUAAGGGCUUAUUCUUGCUUACUCAGAGUUUUUUAUAUAUACAUAGAUUGUGAUCCCCCCCCCCCCAAUUUAAUUUUUUUUCUCUCUUUUUUUUUGGUUUUCUUUUGACAAUUGAUUCACAUACCCCAUAUUUCAGCCAUGUAUCCUGGGGUGAUCCUGGUGGUGGUCAACACCCUCCUGGGGGGGGGGGGAGUUGUAUAAUUACCCCAAAAUCCAAGGUUAAAAAAUUUUUUUGGAAAAAUUUUAGGAAAAGAAACUCAUCAAAACCCCAAAUCAAGAAAGUAGAUCUCUUUGAAGAAGGUGCCAUAAAGAAGUCUGUGGAAACCAUAUACUACAUCAAAAGAUCCAGAAUGAACUUUGGGAUGUAGUAAAUCGAAUUGAAGGAGAUUGAGCACAUUUAUUUUGAAUGUAAACUCUUAUACCAAAGGGGACUUUCCCCUGUUUGGCUUUUGUCAAUAUGCCUACCAACCAUUGGUUUUGCUCUCUUCCUCUUAUUUCCCUCUUAUCUCCAACUAUUGUAACUUCCUCUUAGAAAAUGCAAUAUUAUAUAUACCUUUAGUAAGAGAAUACUUAGAGAUAUAAGCUACUUAUGUGAAAUGAUUCAUUGGAGAGACUAGGCACAUAAAUUUGGGAGAUUUCAACAUGCUUGUCUCCCAAGAGAAUCUAAAACUCUCUAAAUUAAUUAAGAAUUUGAAGUAUCCCUCCUUUCACAGUUACUCAGUGUACUAGUGGUGAAUCAAAAGGAAUUCUGACAGGUACUUGAGAGAGAGGGAACAGAUAAAGAGUAACACAAAUUCUCCCUCCCCCUAGGCAGAGCUGUUUGAACAAUGGAGUCAAAUCUGACUAGAGCUGAAGGAUGAAAAGGAAACAGUUGCAUAUUUCUCAGCACAUUUUGAAGAGCAAUUGAAAAUUUACAAAAAACAGGUUAUAAUUAAUUUGGUAGAUCAAGCAGGAAGAGAAAAGAUUAUUGGAGAUGCGUACCUCAAGCAGGUGUUACUUUUCAACAAUGCAAAUCUCACCUAUGUUUCAUUUGACUUUCAUGAGCAUUGCCGAGGCAUGAAAUUUGAGAAUGUCCAGACCUUAACAGAUGCCAUUCAUGACAUUAUUCUGGAUAUGAAGUGGUGUUGGGUUGAUCAAGCUGGGGUAAUAUGUAAACAGGAGGGGAUUUUUCGAGUUAAUUGCAUGGACUGCUUGGAUCGUACAAAUGUAGUACAAGCUGCCAUUGCAAGAGUGGUCAUGGAACAGCAGCUAAAGAAAUUAGGUGUGAUGCCCCCUGAACAACCUUUGCCAGUGAAAUGCAAUAGAAUCUACCAGAUAAUGUGGGCAAAUAAUGGAGAUUCUAUAAGCAGACAGUAUGCUGGAACAGCAGCUUUGAAGGGUGAUUUCACUAGAACUGGUGAAAGGAAGUUGGCAGGAGUCAUGAAAGAUGGAGUUAAUUCUGCAAAUAGGUAUUACUUGAAUCGCUUUAAGGAUGCUUAUAGACAAGCAGUUAUAGAUUUGAUGCAAGGCAUUCCUGUGACUGAAGAUCUCUAUUCCAUAUUUACCAAAGAGAAAGAACAUGAGGCUUUGGAUAAGGAGCAUCAGAGAAGCCACCAGGAACUGAUUAGCCAACUCUUACAGAGCUACAUGAAAUUACUGUUGCCUGAUGAUGAAAAAUUCCAUGGGGGAUGGGCCCUUAUUGAUUGUGAUCCAAGCCUUAUUGAUGCUACUCAUAAAGAUGUGGAUGUGCUGCUACUGCUUUCUAACUCUGCAUACUACGUGGCCUACUAUGAUGAUGAAGUUGACAAAGUAAAUCAGUAUCAAAGACUGAGCCUGGAAAACUUGGAGAAAAUAGAAAUAGGUCCUGAACCCACUCUUUUUGGGAAACCAAAGUUUUCCUGCAUGAGGUUACACUAUAAAUAUAAAGAAACAGGUGGUUAUUUUCAUACCCUCCGAGCUGUGAUGCGAAACCCAGAAGAGGAUGGCAAAGAUACACUUCAGUGCAUUGCAGAGAUGCUACAGAUCACCAAGCAAGCUAUGGGUUUAGAUGUACCCAUCAUAGAGAAAAAACUUGAGAGGAAGAGUAGUAAACCUCAUGAAGACAUCAUUGGGAUUAGAACUCAAAACCAAGGAUCUUUAGCUCAAGGAAAGAAUUUUUUGAUCAGCAAAUUCUCUUCUCUAAAUCAAAAAGUAAAACAAACUAAAUCCAAUGUCAAUAUUGGCAACCUACGCAAGCUAGGGAGCUUCACAAAACCUGAAGUGAAAGUCAACUUUUUAAAACCAAACUUAACGGUGAAUCUUUGGAAAUCAGACAGUAGUCUUGAAACUAUGGAAAACCCCGGUGUGAUGGAUAGUAAAGGUCAGAUACAGUCUGAUGAGGAGAUCUCUUCAGAUGACUCGUUCCAUUCCGAUGAGUACCUUACCAAUUCCAAGUCUGAAGAGGACAGGCAACGAGUUAGUUCUUUAGAAGACGUGGGGCCGGUGGACUACGUUCUUCCCAGUUGUGGCAUUAUCGCUUCGGCUCCCAGAUUAGGCAGUCGGUCUCAGUCUAUAAGCAGCACCGACAUCACCAUUCGCGUUCCUUCUGAGAUCGUCGUAGCCCACGGCAGCGGUCUGGGGAGAGGGCUGCCCUCGCCAAUGAAGAAGAGUCCUUCUGCUGACAAUGUGUUGGUUGACUUUGAGAAGCCAAUAGAUGCUUAUUGCCACAGGUUUGUACAAGACGCUCAAAGUAAAACAACGCGGCCGUUAGAGAUGGAGCCGGCUUCUCCGCAGGCUGCUGAGGAAGGCUCCGAGUCUCUCAGCGAGGAGCAUAAGAACAAAGAAGCCAAAUCAGAAGUAACGCAGGAGAUUCCUCCUCGGCCCUCUAAGCUCGAUGUCCCAUCGGACACCACGGCACCACAUUUGUUGUCAGUCGACCCUCCUCAUUUUGCUACAACUCAGAAGACUCCGGGGUCUGCAUCGAGCAUACUUGAAUUUGAGGCAGGAACUAACCCAACACCUUCCCCUGCAGAAAGCAACGGCAGCAGAGCAGUGUCCCCUUUUGCAAAGAUCCGAAGCUCCAUGGUGCAGGUGGCUAAUAUUACCCAAGCUGGGCUGACCCACGGGAUAAACUUUGCCGUCGCAAAAGUCCAAAAGAGUCCAGCAGAAGCUGAGGCAGUUAAUGAGGUAGCACAAAAUGAACUGAAAGACAUGUUUACCCAGUGUCAGACUAGAAUAAUUCAGAUCUAGCUAGCCACAAGUAGUUCUUCAAUGGCUUGUAUAUACUCUUAAAGAAAAUUAGUUGAUACCAAAAUCUCGUUGUAACUUGUACUGCCUGAGUUUGGGCAUCAAAACUACCAAUUCCGUAUUUUGGGAGAAUGGUUUUGAGACUUUCUGAGCAGGAUUCAGAAUUUCUAAGAGCAAUGAGAUGAUAUUUACCCUAGAAUAUCUUGACCUCAGCAGGUAGUUUUUAUACACUGGUACUAACAAACAAGCUAUUAAUUUUAAUUCCAGAAUCCAUAAUUUGGAGAAACAAUCUGGAAAGUGCUUCCACUAAAAGAAUGAAUCUGGACAAAUUUACUAAUUGUUUAUCCCCAGCUAAAAAUAGUGUUUUAUCUGUAUAUUAUGUUUACCUGGGAGAGUAGAGUAUUUUAAUCCUUGUUUUAGUUGUGUGUGUUCCAUUGAUUCUAAGAGGCUGUACUCUCAUUUCUGUAUUAGGUAGUAUUUUUGCAAGAUAAUUGGAUAGUUCCAGGAGUUUUAAGACUGAGUUGAAUGUGGGAAAAUGUUUGUGAUGCAAAAAAACCCAAUGAUUGUUUGUGAUUUUGUCUAUCUAAACAGCCAUCUUCCUAUAAAGAGCUCAUUUGAGGAUACUGUAGUUAGGAACCAGGUACCAUUUGACCUGAUUAUCCACCUGAAAAGAAAAAUCAGAAUAUAUUGCUGCCCCCGCAUUUGCAUAUGCAGUUUAGGAGCACUUAAAGCUUAGUUGUUAGAAUAAAUCUGAAUAUAUUCAGAUUGUGUGACCAUUCAUUGCCUGGAUACCCCCAAGUUCCUUCAAAAGUGCUUUGAGGAAUGUAAUGAAAACUUUGUGUGCACUGGUUAUGGAUAUUAGGAUCUUUAAGUAUGAAUAGAAAUGAAACUUGUUUCUAAUGAGGACUUGCCCACAUUUUUAUGUAAGCUGCUGUAGAAAAAAGGUAGCCAGCUUCAAGACCACUCCAACUAGAACUUUGAGCUAUUAUCCUCACCAUGUAAAACCAGUGCCUCCGUGUUUUCGUAUGUCCUGUGAGCCGAUUGCACAUGAUACACGUGUCAUGAUUGUAGUGUAGUGGCUCAAGAGGCUUCCUUUGGUGUUGAAGUGAUUAUCAGCUGAUCAGAUUGUCUGUUGAAACUUUCUCUUUUGUUAUUUAUUCAUGUUUUCCUAGUGAUGUGGGUGUUUUUUCGUGUCAAUAAAAUCUUGUCAUUGUAUAUUUAAAAUAAAACACCGUUGUAUUUUAAUGCAAAGGGAUAUAUAUGAGAAAUAUUUUAAUAAAAAAAAUUUUAAUUCCAAA